GGAGAGAAGUUUUCGCACGUGGCGUCGCCUGCAGUGAUUGGUCGAGAUAGUUAAAAGAGGGAGAUGUUUUCAUUGGUCAGAACGUCAGAAAACGGCAGGGAUUGGUCGCAGGUGUUUCGUUUAUUGACAAUGCUGUUGCCUGUGUCUCUCACUUUGGUCCUAGCCAGUGGCUGCAAAGGGUUAAGAGUGGCUGCCUGGUUAGACUGUCGGUUUUUAUUUCUAAUUUUUAGCACAUUCGCCUUUUAGAAUCAUUGGCUUUUAUUAACAGUAGCAGCCAGUGGUGCUGAGUCCAAGUAACCCCCUGUUUAAUUAUUGUAUUUGCAGCCCAAUUAAUUUACUAGGUCUUCAUUUAGUGUUAGGAAUCUUAAUUGCUGACAGUAUCUCCCUUUUUUGCGCGGGGGGGGGGUGGUUUAGUCAUAAUCUGCCACUAUUUCUUAGUUCUUACUGCUAUUUCUUAAAAUAAAAAUUCAAGCUUAUCUUAGCCAGACAAAACAAAGAAACCCAAGCUUUUCUUCCCGAUAUGUACGGUGGUUACUUAUAAAACUGCCCAAUUACUAUAAGUAUUAAUCACAUCUCAUUCUGUAAUUAGCCACUCAGAAAUAUUUUUUUGACUACCUUGUUUAUUAAAAGCACACAGGGUUGCUAAACCCUCUUUAAUUUCUGGGUUCUCUUUUAUCACCCUAGUUUUAACUGUUCUGAUUACCAUAAUUAGACAUGUUUAAUAGUGGUCAAUGAAUUGUUGCUUCAAUAUUUAAUGGUCUGGGAGGUGACCUUUGUUAUUUGCUUAUUAAUUUCUCUAGUUCUGGUUAAUAUUUAUCUGUGCUAGUAUUCCUAGCUAAUACUCUUUAUUUGCUUCCCAUUAAAAAUAUUCUCAACUGUGUGAUCAGUUGGGAAUUUAACUAUCCUUCCCCCACCCCCGCCCCAUACAUUUUAUACAUUUGGUAUGAACUUACUAAUCGAUUUCUAGAGAAUUUUGAGAUUACACCUCACAACUCACCAUUUGAACGAAUAUUGUCACUAAAUGGCACAUCCUCUAAUAGAUUAAAAUCCUUUUGUCUGCAUAUUCUCUUCAUCUGACAUCAAACUGUCUUUCAUUAAACUCAACAGCAAACACAGCUCUCAUUCCUGGCAGUUCGCUGCUUACCAUCUCAUCUCCCUUAAUUAAUCAGAUUUGGGAAUCCAACUGGCACGGCUGUUGGCUUUGUGAUAAAAUUGUCCCAAAUUAGUUUUAGGAAAGAACAGGCCCCAUCAUAAUCUUUUGCCUCCAGCGGUGAGUCACUGAAUUUGUGAGGUCUGAAGGAUCGACUGCAUUUCUCAACGUUUUGCCGCUCACUUGGGCCGUUAACAAAUUGGGAAAGGGGGUCCUUUUACUCUUGAGAUACAACCGGGCGAUAAUUUGCAGAGGAAAAGCUCCCAAGAGAUCAGGAGUAUCUAGAAGUCUCAGAACCUCAAUACUAGAAAAGUGGAAACUCUCUGAAAUGUUCUAUUACCCAAACGUGUUGCAACGUCAUACGGGAUGUUUUGCUACGAUCUGGUAAGGACUUUGCUCUGAGAGUGUGGAUGGGGGGCAGUGGAAGGUGCUGGCAGCUGCCUGCUUGCCCCCACCCCAACUGAUGGUUCCUCCAUCUCUUUCCCAGGUUGGCAGCAACUGGGGCAGCCAAACUCUUGAAGCGGGAGUACCUGAAAGUCAAUGUCCCGAGAACCUGGUGAGUAGAGGCACAAAUGAGGGAUGGAAGAAACAACAAAAAAACAACUUUUAUUUGUAUCCUGGCCCCCUGGCCAAGACUGGGCUCAGGGCGGCUAACAUCAAAUAUAUAACAUUGGUAUAAAAUCAAACAAUAUUUAAAUUACCUCCCAAAAACAAGUCAGGGUCAAAUUAAAAUCUAAUUAGAUGGCUUUCUGCAGGAUUAGGGUUUUGAACAGUGAAAAUGCGUAUCUAAAUUAGGACUGGUGAAAGGCUGGUGGGUUGGCAGCCGGGUGUCUGCUUCUGGACGAACGUAAAUGGAUUUGUUGUGUCUUUGCUAUGGCCAAAAGACUGGUGUUGAGGCACUGGGAAGAUAAACCUGUGGCCAACUUCUGCCAAUACAGUUUUUGAAACGGACUUUCAGAAUGGAUUAGGUUUGAGAACCAAGGUACCACUGUAGAUUGAAGAUACGGCAACACUCGCAUCUUAUGAACGGGAUGUUUACAGAUGUUGUACAAACAAUGAUAUCUGGAGCGUGUUUAUUAAAAAAUAUAUAGUCAGUUAUCAAUAGCCAUACAUGGAUUAGGGUGACAAUAACACUGAUAUACCUAUGCAUUAGACAAGCAUAUACGAAAUGGCACUUGCUCUGCUUAUACAGUGGUACCUCGGUUUACGAACUUAAUCCGUUCCAGAAGUCCGUUCUUAACCUGAAACUGUUCUUAACCCGAGGUACCACUUUAGCUAAUGGGGCCUCCCGCUGCCGCCGCGCGAUUUCUGUUCUCAUCCUGAAGCAAAGUUCUUAACCCAAGGUACUAUUUCUGGGUUAGCGGAGUCUGUGACCUGAAGCGUCUGGAACCCGAGGUACCACUGUAUUGUAGAUAAUAAAAAUUGAAAAUAAAUAAAUUUCUUACCUGCACUGAUGAUAGUCAUUGUUUGUAUGGGAGGCUUUUAUCCAUUUCUGCAGUCACACAAUCAAUCAAUCAAUCCGUAACUGAACUGGGUUCCACAUAGUCACAACAACAAAUAAACUGAAAAAGCCUCAAAAGCAGAAACACAAAAUAAACAACAUAAACAAAAGCACCUAACUUAAUCCGUUCCGGAAGUCCAUUUGACUUCUGAAAUGUCCAAAAACCAAGGCGCAGCUUAUGAUUGGUGCAGGCGCCCCGGAAACAAUAGCCAACAGCCGCAUUUGCCGUUCGGCUUCUGAAAAACGUUCGAAAACCGGAACACUUAUUUCCUGAGGUACCACUGUAGUUCGUUAAUAGGGCUGUUCUUAAACCGAGGUACCGCUGUAUAGCGAUAUACUGUGUGAGGCACCCGCCUGGCUGCAGGGAGGAAAGGGUGCUGGAGGAGGCGGGCCAUUGGCCUUAUCCUGCAGGCAUACAUUGCGUCCAGAGCUGAGUGCAGACCAGACGGGUGCUGUGCAGGUGACGCCUCUCAUUUCCCUCCUGUUUCAGCGAGGAGAUCAUGGCCUUCAUCCUCGUCCAAGUCCCGCCUCCCGUGCCUGGGGCUCCAAAACCUCGCUUCUCGCUCUACCUCUCUGCUCAGCUGCAGUUUGGGGUCGUCCGCGUCUACACCCGUCAGUGCCAGUACCUUGUGGGUAUGACCUUUUCCAAACCAACCCCCACCCCCUGUUUGUCCCUUUCUGCUGCUUCUUCCAGGCCUUUUCUUUUCCUCUCUUUUAUAUUUUCAAAUGCAUUCCGCAGAAUCACAGGAUUGUACAGUUGGAAGGGCGUCACCUGUUCCAACUCCCUGCAAUCGUAGCUAAACCUAUGACAUACAUGCAUAAUUCCCUCCAUAAAGGUAAAGGGACCCCUGACCAUUAGGUCCAGUCGUGGCCGACUCUGGGGUUGCGGUGCUCAUCUCGCUUUACUGGCCGAGGGAGCCGGCGUACAGCUUCUGGGUCAUGUGGCCAGCAGGACUAAGCCGCUUCUGGCGAACCAGAGCAGUGCAUGGAAACGCCGUUUACCUUCCCGCUGGAGCGGUACCUAUUUAUCGACUUGCACUUUGACGUGCUUUUGAACUGCUAGGUUGGCAGGAGCAGGGACUGAGCAAUGGGAGCUCACCCCGUUGCGGGGAUUUGAACCGCCAACCUUCUGAUCGGCAAGUCCUAGGCUCUGUGGUUUAACCCACAGCGCCACCUGCGUCUCUAAUUCCCUCCAUACGCAGUGCAUUUUCCUCCCAAGUCUACCGAAAGGUCAGGGGGACACACCCCAAACCCCUUAGCAACUGACAUUACAACAGGCUUUCGAUAUGAAAGAAAUGGCUGCUUGAGCGCGCUCGCUUUCCUCAUCCCUCACCCUCCUCCUUACCUUCCGUGCCAUCGCUUUUUUGGAUUUCGGUCCUGAGGGGCAGGGUCUGCCUGUGUGCUACGUAUAUUAUUGGCUUGUAAGUUGCUCUCCGAGCUUUCCUGGCUAAAAAGAAAGUAAGCCACAAAGGCUUUGAAUGAACGAAAUGAAUGGCUGGGGGGCGGAGAGGUGGUUCUCCCGAGUCUGGCUGACUCCCCUUCUGCCUCCCUACCCUGCCAUUUUCAGAGGAAAUCCAGCACAUCUUGGAGCACCUCAACCGGGCCCGGCAGCAGAUCCGCAUUGACCUGACAGACCUGGAGCAGUGAGUGAUUCGCAUUCGCCACCCGGGGCGAGUAGGGGGGCGGCUGCGGAGUUUGCAUAUCUGCUUGGCCUUGGGACUCCUGAGUGAUCCUUGGGCGAGCAGAUCUCCUUUUGGAUUGUUGCGGGGCGACUACCCAGAUACCGGUACCUGAGGCAUAUAGGGAAAAUAUCAGAGUAGGUUUGGGGGCAGGGGCAGAGAAGUCCCUUGCUUCUUUUUUCUUCUUCUUUUUUCUGAUAUAUAUAAAUUUUAUUAGUAUUUUCCACACAACAACAACAACAACAACACGAAAGAUAUCAAAAAAUAACAAUACACAACACACAACACACAAAAAUCAACAUUUGAAAACUAAAGAAAACAACAACAAAAAAAAACAAAUCCAUAUCUUACAAGUUAAUAUUAUAAACACUAAAACCACAAUAACAAGACACUGACUUCCACCAAUCCCACAGCACCUCCUUUAUCUCUCAUUGUGUCUUCCUGUUUUCUUUAUCAUCUCUAUCCUAACAUCUAGAUAUAAAUCCUUCUUUCAUAUCCUUUCACUUCACAAGGUUAUUCCAGGCUCAGCCAGAUUUCUGCCCUCGAACCUUGACUUUUGAGGUAUUCAUUUAGGCACUCCCAUUCUUUUUUUACUUCACUUUUUGGUUUUUGUCUUAUUGUGUCUGUCAAUUUGGCUAAUUCUAAGUAUUCUGAGAGCUUACAUAGCCACUCUCCCUUAGUGGGUAACUGAUUCCCUUUCCAGUCCCUUACCUCUUAAUAAGUCUAACCUUUUCUUUCUGCUUCUCCUAACCGCAGGCCAGGGUUGCUGCUCCCUAACCAGCUGGCCAUCAUGGAAAUCCUAGAGGAAGCUCCCGAUCCAUUUUUCGGGAUGAUGGAGCCGGGUCUCCCCAGCCCUAUGUCCAUUCCUUAUGUAAGACUGCCUCGCACCCUUUUUCCCAAUCUCCCUGCUCUUGUCCUGCGGUGGGGAGGCUGCUGGUAGGGCGUAAGGCAGGGAGCCAGACAGUAGGUGGCGCCAGAGUCCUGGUUCUCUCUCCAGCCUCCUCUUCCCCGCUGAGGUCUGUGUCUCUCAGCUGUAGCUGGUGGCUCCCUGGCAAUUAUGGACCAGAGGGAAGUGGGUCAGAUUCCGCCUUUCCCCCCUCCGUCUUUCCCAGGUCCGAUCCAUUCUGGAAACAGCCACCCCUGAAAGAAGCCCCCCGCAGCACCUUCCUCCAUCUCCCUGGGACCAGAGGCCAGGUGGGUCAGAAACUGGGAGCCCGGGAACCGCUGAUAAAUUUCAUGCUUUCAGAACCCCGUCUUUCCAGGCGGAGAGUAUGGCUUCUCUGUGGGGCAAAACCAGUGUUGGUGAUUUGUUAAGAAAAUACCGUAUUUUUUGCUCUAUAAGACUCACUUUUUCCCUCCUAAAAAGUAAGGGGAAAUGUGUGUGCGUCUUAUGGAGCAGAUGCAGGCUGCGCAGCUAUCCCAGAAGCCAGAACAGCAAGAGGGAUCGCUGCUUUCGCUGCGCAGCGAUCCCUCUUGCUGUUCUGGCUUCUGAGAUUCAGAAUAUUUUUUUUCUUGUUUCCUCCUCCAAGUCUAUAAGUCUGGUGCGUCUUAUAGAGCGAAAAAUACGGUAGUUGCUGCCCUGGUUACCCCACCUUGUACCUUUGAGAUGGGUUGUUUGCUCCCUUCCUCAAAAUGGCGUCUCUAAAUUAGCCACCAUUCCCACAUUUCAGGGGGUUGAGCUACAUGACCUCUGGGUUGCUUCCAGUUCUCCAAUUCUUUGCAAUCCCCAUUUUCUCCGUGGCCUCCGAUUUCUCCUCUUCAGCCUCGUUCCCCAACCCUAAGCCAAGGUGCUAAGUACAUGUAGCAGCAGAUUAUUUUAUUUAUUGCUUAUUAAUGUGUUUUUUAAAAGAAAAAUCUUUUUAAAGUGGUGCAUUAAAAAGUAAAACUGCAAGUAGCACAUCAUUUGCUCACAUUCGCCCUCUUUCUUGGCAAACCACAAUAAGGAAGCAAGCAAACGUAGAUGUGUACUAGCAUUAGGUAUAAAACGAACCCUGAAAGUUAUUUGGACCUCAAAGCAAUGAGAGAAAAAGAUGUUUCAUGCUCUGCUUUACUUUUUUUUUUAAAAAAAAUACAUUGGAACAGAACUCAGGCAUUGUGAUAGUUUUUUUGUAUUUUUAAGAUGUAUUUUGUGCUCUGGUUUUCCUUUUUUUGUUGGGAACCGCUCUGUGAUCUUUGGAUGAAGGGCAGUGAAAUAUACUCAGAGUCGGGAGUGGAUUUCAUGCUCUUUAUUCAGCUCAUAGUGGUAAGGAGGAAUCGGAGUUUCCCCAAAGUAUCUGCUUUAUAUACAUUAUUUACACAAUGGGCUGCAUGUGAUUGGCUAAUUCUGGAAUUCUCCUGUAGGCCAAUCAGGUUGUGGAUUCACUUCCAUCUGGAGCUGGAUUGGGUGGCUCCUGCAGACCAAUCAUACUGCUGCAUUGUUCUAGGGCCAAUCAGACUGCUGCAUUUUGGAUCCCAUUGUUCUAGGACCAAUCAGACUGCUGCAUUCUGAAUCCUAUUGUUCUAGGACCAAUCAUACUGCUGCAUUUUGGAUCCUAUUGUUCUAGGACCAGACUGCUGCAUUCUGGAUCCUAUUAUUCUAGAACCAAUCAGACUGCUGCAUUUUGGAUCCUAUUGUUCUAGGACCAAUCAGACCGGUGCAUUUUGGAUCCUAUUCAACUUAGUACACAACAGGCAGCGUACAGUUUUAAUAAAUAAGAAGAGUGUUGUGUCCUCGCUACCUCUUUUCGAUUGUAAGCUCCUUGAGGUCAGAGAACCGUCUCGGUUGCCUGUGCAGCUGUGUCAAGGGCAGCGGACACAAAACGGUGCCGUGACAGCUCAGAAGAACCGCUUCUGCGUUUUUAUUGCUUGACAUUUUUAAAAGGCGGUUUUCUACCAUUGUCUCGUUCCUUCAUUGCACUGCUUUGGCACCUUGCUUUUGGCCGAGAGGCAGGGCGCGAAUUAAUUAAGGUACUAAUCGUCUCCCGAUUCUUUUUGCUCCGAAGGAGAGCGGCCCAUCACCGUCUCGCCGGACACCAUCACUCUCAAAGAGGCAGAACCCAUCACCUUGUUGCAGAUUGAAGUAGGUUUUUGGCUUUUGGGAGGUCAGGGGUGUUGGGCAGGAAGGUGGGAGUGGAUUUUUAAGGGUAGCGUUUUUGGUUCUGUAGAAACUCAUCACCACCAGGCCCGGAUCCGGAUAUUAUGGCCUGCUUAGCAAUAAUCUCAAGAUGACCUGCCACAAAGUUCCCAUUUGCGCCUUCCUUUAUUUUUGUUAUUUCUGUCCGUGUUCUUGAAUUCCAACCUGAACCCCCAUUGUUCACCAUUGGACAAAUCUGUCCCAGGGAUCUUUCCCAGAGGGGUUCAAAUUUCUCUUUGAAAGAAGGAGUCUACACCACGAUCAAGCAUAAGCAGAUUUAUUGUUGGUCGACACAGUGCUUUGGGCAAUGAACCCACCCCAGCUCCUGCUGGAAAGAGGGGGUUGCACAUUCCAGUUCACAUCACAGAUCAUUUCUACCCUAAGACCGUUCGAAUAUCCCUCCUACAAUUCCUAUUGGUUAAGAAAUUGCGGUUAAGAAAUUGGUUAAGAAAUUGCGGUUUACAGGCUUCCCGAUCCGCCCACGUGUACCCCCACCAAUAACACAAAUCCCAUGUCCAUUCAGAUUAGCAGUUUUUACAAUAGGGAUGUGUUUUAUAAUAUUCAUGAAGCAUUUGCAAGAGUACUAGUUCUUAAAGGGACGCGGGUGGCGCAGUGGGUUAAACCACAGAGCCUAGGACUUGCCGAUCAGAAGGUCUGCGGUUCGAAUCCCCGCGACGGGGUGAGCUCCCGUUGCUCGGUCCCUGCUCCUGCCAACCUAGCAGUUCGAAAGCAUGUCAAAGUGCAAGUAGAUAAAUAGGUACCGCUCCAGCGGGAAGGUAAACGGCGUUUCCGUGCGCUGCUCUGGUUCGCCAGAAGCGGCUUAGUCCUGCUGGCCACAUGACCCGGAGGCUGUACACCGGCUCCCUUGGCCAAUAAAGCGAGAUGAGCGCCACAACCCCAGAGUCGUCCGCGACUGGACUUAACGGUCAGGGGUCUCUGUACCUUUACCUUUACUAGUUCUUAAACUAUCACCUGCUAUUUCUCCUUGUUAUCCCGGGUCGCCUCUAAACUAUAAAUCUAUCCCUCUUUCAAGGCUAACAGUCUACUUCUAACACAUUCUUAACUUAAUUGUAAUAUUAGCCAGGAAAAGAGCCUCUUAGGGAGUCAAGAUUGUGAGUCCCAACAUUUGCUUUGUCUUGGCAACUCAGGUUGUAAGACAUGCAGAUAAACAGUUCUGCUAAGCGGCCCUCCUUGGGGCUCCUUUGAACCUCUUUCUUCACAGAAUCAGUCUUAAGGCAGGCAUGGUCAUCCUCACCACGCCUUCCCUAAGAAUAAAACUCAUUUUCAUUCAUUUAUUCCACAUUCACCAUUGAAUUCAGUACUGAGCUGAGAGGGCCAAGUUUGUGGGUUUGAUUCCUGUGCAGGACAGCUGCGUUGCAAGGGGUUGGACCAAAUGAAACCUCCGUGCCCCUUCCAACUCUACGAUUCAGUGGUUCCAAAUACGUAAAAACCCAUCCUUCAAAACUUAUUUCCUGAGCACAAGAAUACUCUACCUGCCAUUAACAAUGGCUAUCUCAUCAGGUGCUGAGGUGCCCUUUUAAAACUUGUUUUUUGCCUGGCCGGAAUGUGUAACUCUGAUGAGGCCUCUCGCUUGUCCGGAUGAAGGGUAGCAGCCCAAAGGGUAUGUCUCUAGAAACUAGCCGAAAUUAUAUUCGCCGCUCCACCCACUUUCUCCCCAGGCCCUGCCCACCGCCACCAUGUGGCCCCCAAAAGGUUGUCCGGCCCUCGAUCAGAGCAGUGUUCCCACACGCCUGAGUUAGAGGGCGGCAGAUACAUAGCAGAGGCCGUGAGUCUGUUUCCACGAGACCUGUGUCGCCACCUUCCUUUUCCCACUGCCCGCAGGGCGAGCGAGAUCUGCCUGAAAUCACAGUCCAAGAAAUCGACAUGCUGAUGGAUCAAGGGGAGUUUCUGGUGUCCGGGGACGAGAAGCCUCGCCGGGUUUCCUCCAGAAAAAGACGAGCAGAAGAAGGUGAGCAGGCGAGGGAGAGGCCAGACUGAUCUGAUCUCUGUGUCUGUCCUCUUCCAAGGACACAAUGCAUUAUAAUCCGCAAACUGGGAAGGCCAGAGACCUGUCCGUCCUUAGGGAUCGCCUCCUCCUCCUCUUCUAGUUGCCCCUUUCGCUCCCUGGGAUCCACUGAGCUUGUGGCUCAGUGGCACAGCCCACAAUUUGCAGGCAGGAGGGUUCGGUCCCUGAGUUUUAUUGUGGCUGGUGCCCAUUGGGUGGCAUGCAGGGAGGCCAACAGUAGGGGGAGCCAGAGAGCCAACUGGUUCUUGGUUUUUGUCCCCAUCGUCCUCCCUGCAGAGUUCUGCAAGGGGCGACUAAGUGACAUGGACUGGUUGAACGAGGAGAAAUGGUAGGGGGUCGGGGAGGGAAGAAGGCUCAGAGCCCGGGGAAUGGUGGUGGGACGACGAUGAGUGGUCAGAGGGAGCAGGAAGUGAAGAGGCAACAGGACUUUGUGAGUCUGUGAUAGAGAGAAGUCCGGAAUCAGAGGCAGAAGCUGAAGAAGGAGAAUGAGAUGAGGGAGGCCAAGAGACAGAGUCAGGCUGCUGAAGAAACAAGGGUGUCUCCUCUUCCUGCUCCCCUCCCCACUGGUCUCCCUCUCUCCCCCUGCCCCCAACUCCACCCCACCAGUUAUGGAACAUUUUCCUCCUGCUCCAGCAGACUCGCAGACACCCCAAGCGUUUCCCGGAAGCCUCUGUUAUAAGAAAAAAAUGCUCCUAUAUCCCUUACGGGGUAUCCAAGAGAGUCCUUUGUAGGUUCUCUAUCGGUAGGAGAAAAUAACAGAGGCCAACCAGAGAACAUUGAGAAGCAAAGCAGCUAGUAAGCCUGAUCUUUCUUAAACUGUUGCAACAGGGUCCCCACUCACCACAUGCAGGCAGGAAGGAGAGAACCCAGAACAAUGGUGCGCAAGGCCUUAUAUAGACUUUUGAAAUUGCCCACCCUGUAGCUCAAGACCACCACCCUAAAACAUCAUACGUACAUCACAGGAGACGGGCUACAGCAGAAAUCCUUUCUGGCAGGAUACUGAUAAUGGUCACUUGAUUGCUUUACCUGGGCAGCCUGGCCAUUGCUUUUGAGAUGCUAAAUAUUUUGUUCCUGAAUCCAGGUCACAGGCUCACCCUUGUUGUUGUUUAGUCGUUUAGUCGUGUCUGACUCUUCGUGACCCCCUGGACCAGAGCACGCCAGGCCCUCCUGUCUUCCACUGCCUCCCGCAGUUUGGUCAAACUCAUGCUGGUAGCUUCGAGAACACUGUCCCACCAUCUCGUCCUCCGUCGUCCCCUUCUCCUUGUGCCCUCCAUCUUUCCCAACAUCAGGAUCUUUUCCAGGGAGUCUUCUCUUCUCAUGAGGUGGCCAAAGUCUUGGAGCCUCAGCUUCAGGAUCUGUCCUUCCAGUGAGCACUCAGGGCUGAUUUCCUUCAGAAUGGAGAGGUUUGAUCUUCUUGCAGUCCAUGGGACUCUCCAGAGUCUCCCCCAACACCAUUAUUCAAAAGCAUCAAUUCUUCGGCGAUCAGCCUUCUCACCCUAUUCAUGCACAAAUACACCCUUAAGACAGGAUUUGUGAGCAAAGAGACAACAGGGAGAAUAUUUGAGGUUACUGGAAGAGUCAAAAUGGCUUCAGGAUUGUUCUCAUGUACUAUUUCAGACACGUGGUUUAUAUACUUAUGUAUGUGCUUGCCUUGUACAUUUAUGAACGUCUAUUAUAUAUAUCUAUAUAUCUAUAUCUAUAUCUAUAUCUAUAUAUAUAUGAUCUUAGAAUUCCUAUAAUACUCCAUAGCCAAAGUUAUGGGAAAUAAAUAGAAGGUGGCACUCACUGAUUUUCCACCUCUGUGUUUGGCACUGCCAGAUCCCAGAGGACGCCCCCCGCUGUUACAGCCUGCCGAUUUCCCCCUUUGCUUCCCCUCUCCCUCUUUGGACCCAACAGGCCUCUCAUCUCCACUUUUGCUUCUCUCCCCUUUCCCAGAGUCUGCUGAGGGAGUCAGAGAACAAGAGCUGUUGGUCUCCGUGGGGCUGUCGCCUCCCACAAGGUAAAGAGAGGGGUUUUGGGCUUCUGGAUCUCAGAUUCUGAGCUUCAUGUUUGUGUCGGUGUGAAGAAGAUGGACUGGGGCAGGCAGGUGGGGCACAGAGGUUUGUUGGAGGCAGAGGUACACGACCCUUAUUUUUUGGCUAGAGCAUCAAACUCUAGAGCAUCAUAAGACGGGGUGGAACAACUCCCAUAGUGGGAGAAGAUGCAACAUUGUGGGGCUUUGGGUUUAGGAAAAAAGGGGCAGGGGAAUUAUAAUUGUGCUCAUUUGGUUAUACAAACUUUACUAUAAUUAUUUAGAUCUGAACUCUGCCUUCAAGUUGGGCAAAAUGGCAGAGUUGGAGAAGGGUGUUUAGCUUCUUACUUUUCUCUUUUCAAUAGGUAACUCAAAGCAAAUAAAUAAAGAAAUUGCAAGUGUGAAACUCCACAAAAGUAAACACUGAAUAAAAUUGGUUUGGAAGAAGGAUCGCUGUAUCCUGUUAAGGUCAAACAGGUUUGGCAGGCACAUAGUCUUUUAAAAAAAACCUGCUGGAGCUGUUUGAGCAGAGGCAAAAUUUGGAACGCAAGAAGGGUGUUUGCGUAUGACAGGGAUGGGUUCCAAACUCCCAGCAUCCCUGAUCAUUGGCCAUGUCAUCUGUGGAUAACAGGAAUUAGUAUUCCACCAUAUUAGCAAUAUCCCCAGACUAGGAGAAGUUUUUGUCUGCCUUCCUUAGCUCCAUGCCCUGUAUCUCAUUGAAAUCUAGUUUGCAGUCUCCUUGGGGCAAUGACCUCCCCCCCCCUCAAACACUUCUCCCUCUGUAAUGUAUCAUAGACAUCACACAUGACUACAGGCAACAAUAAACACAUCGGGGUCCUUCCUGUGGUGGCCCCUUGGAUUCUAACAAAGGCCAUUUCCCACAAGUCUUUGCAGUUUCCGCCACCAUCAACCAAAAGGAAACUGGCCAUAUUUCUUGUUUCACAGAGUCGGGGAGGAGCCGCCUGCUGUGAGGGAAGCAGGAGAAUCUCUGUUGACGGACAAGAUCCAGCUCCCAGGAGAACCCCCUCUGCUGCCUUCGGGUUAGUGGGGCGCUGGGCACGGGAGGGAGCAGCGGGUGAAAGCUGGCCAAGAGCACAAGGACCCUGCCGGGCUAGACACAAAGGGGCGCUUACACGACACACAAGGCAAAAGGAUCAGGGAGGGAAGAGGAAGAAGUCAAACUCAGGGACCAGUUCUUAGACCUUUGUUCUUAAUCAUGACCAGCUGGGGGCCAGAGGGGCCUGGUGUCUCAGCAAAGGGGAUGCCUCCCCUAUCUCUCCCGCCAAAGCCACUUGAGGGAAUGGGGGGUGGGUCAAUAGAGGGAGACGAGGCCAGAGAAAUCUGAUGGUUAUCUGGCACCCUCUUCCCUCCUCUCCCUGCCCUUUUCUCUAACCGCCAACCCUUGCUGGUUCUGCUGCAGAGGCAACCCCCGUCCAAGAGGGAGCCAGGCUGCUGCCUUCUCCCCAACUGACCCCUCUCCGCCCCCAGCUGAAGCAACGCUCCCCUCCGAGCCCCAAGGUAAGAGGAAGGGAGGCAGGGAAAGAGGGCCAGCCUUUCAAUUGAGAGCCGGGAGGGGGCCGGUACCCUGUUUCUCAGUGCAGAAUGCCUCGGGUUCAAGCCCAGCAUCUGAAACCCUGUCAUCAUCAUCAUCAUCAUCAUCAUUUAUUUAUACCCCGCCCAUCUGGCUGAGUUUCCCCAGCCACUCUGGGCAGCUCCAAAUCAAGUGUUCAAAACAAGAUUUAAAUAUUAAAAACUUCCCUAAACAAGGCUGCCUUCAGAUGUCUUUUAAAGAGAAGAUAGCUGCUUAUUUCCUUCACAUCUGAAGGGAGGGCGCUCCACAGGGCGGGCGCCACCACCGAGAAGGCCCUCUGUCUGGUUCCCCGUAACCUCACUUCUCGCAAUGAGGAAACCGCCAGAAGGCCCUCGGCGCUGGAUCUCAGUGUCUGGGCUGGAUGAUGGAGGUGGAGACGCUCCUUCAGGUCUACUGGGCCUUUGAGGCCGUUUAGGGCUUUCAAGGUCAGCACCAACACCUUGAAUUGUGCUCGGAAAUGUACUGGGAGCCAGUGCAGAUCUCUCAGGACCGGUGUUAUGUGGUCCCGACGGCCGCUCCCAGUCACCAGUCUAGCUGCCGCAUUCUGGAUUAAUUGUCAGUACGGACUGUACUGAUCUGGGUGGACCAAGAAAUAUGACUUCACUAUAAGCCAGCUUCCCCUACCUUCCCAACAGGUUUGUAAUUUAGAAAAAGACUGCGGCUCAGCAGCAGAGCAUCUCCCUCACGUGCAGAGGGGUUCUGGGUUCAAAUCUCAGCCUCUCCAAGUUGGGCCGGGGAAAGGCUUCCUGCGCAGAGCCCCGGAGAGAUGCUGCCAGCCAGUGUCUGCAAUGCUGAGCCAAGUGGUCUGAGUCGGUCCAACUGGCAGCCGUUUGAGAGCCUGGGGAGUUUAGGAAUGAGCCGCGGCAGAACAUCCGGAAAUUUCUCUUGUGCUUCCCCAGCUCCAGCUGGCCGCGUACGAGCCGUCCUUCCUGCAGCCCGGCAGGCGGCGGAGGCAGCUGCGCUUCCUGGAUCCGGUGACCCAGAUUUCCCGGGAAGAUUUCCAGAAGCAGAUCUUGGAUCCGCAGGGACAGUGCCAGCCCCUGGUAGGUGUUGGAACUGGUGAGCGUUGGGGUGCCCACCAAGCUCCGGUUUUUUACAUUUUUAUUAAUUUUUUAACAUAUUAAUUCUAACAUUCAUACAACAUAACUUCUCUUUUUUAUAUAAAAGGUCCCUUCCAGCUCUAUAGCUCUGUGAUUCUAGGCUACCUUUUUUAAAAAAUCAGGUUUCUAGCCCUCAAGACUACAAAGACAGGCUUGCGAGUGUUAAGUCCCCGGGAAAAGUGUGGGGCUGAGAGGAGGAGGCUUGCAGUGGGCAGGAGGCCAGGUUACAUGCCCCACAGAGCCCUUUGCCCCUCCCCACAAUAAGCAGGGGGAAAGCAAGUUAUGCAAAGCGAGGCUAUGUAUGCAAACUGGAGGCUUGGUGCAAUAAUAAUAAUAAUAAUAAUAAUAAUAAUUCAAUAAUUUCAAUUUUUUAUUAGUUUUUAUUAGUUUUAACAUAACCAUUUCAAACAUUAAAAUACAAGCUUCUUUUGAACCUUCGGACCUCCUUCCCUCCCUCCAUGGGUUUAAGAUCAAAUUUGCUGCACCUUUUACCAUUAUCCAUCUGUUAUAUAACCGUAACGAUGAUCAAUAAUUCCGCAUCACAGCAGUCGUGGCCAAUCAGUGCUGGGCAGGGGCGGGGCUUCGCUGCUGCCAGGAUGCAAAGCAGCAUCUUGGCUUUGGCAGGCCACUCCUAAUUGACUCCUGCCAUGCCAUUUCCUGCUUUCCUCUUCUCAGGAGACUCUGCUGCUCCCUCCAAAGAGGUUGAAGACUGCGGAGGAGCUCUUGGGAGCCCCAACUUACGGUGAGGACCCCUCCCUGCCCCAUAGCUGUCAACUGUCCCUUAUUUGGCGGGAAACUCCCUUAUCCCAGCGCCGUGUCCCGCUGCUGUCCCUUAUUGAUGAUGUCCCUUAGAUUUCCCGGGUUUCAAAGGAAGCAGCUCCUCUCCCUCCCUCCGUGCUGGCCAGGGAGGAGGGAGGCUCCAACUGUGCUGCCUGGCUGCGUUGCUCACCCAAUAAGAAUGACUGGGGGGUGGAGCUUGCAUGCCUUGUGCUGAUCAAAUCGGCCACGUUGCCUGGGGACUCGCCUUUGCUCAGCGCUUCCCAGCGGAGAGGUGACGGUGGUUUUCCUUGCUGCAUCUCCUUUGCCGGGUUGCUGCGCUGUGGGAACCACCGCUUGAGGGUUCGUUUGGCUGCUGGUUGACUAAAAUCCCUUAUUUUGGCUGCUGUUCCCUUAUUUUCGAGGCUGCUGGUCCCUUAUUUUCAAAUUUGUAAGUUGACAGCUAUGCUCUGCCCCCAUGAUCCCCCUCCCCAGAGGGUCAGACCCAGGUGUGUUGCUGCUUCCUCGCCCGCUGGCUCAAAGGACAAAGCAGAUUUUAACCCCGAAAGGUGAAAAACAGCGCAAAGAGGCUGGAGAAAUUUUUUAUCACUUGCCCUUUUUAGUAACAAAUACCAGGACAGGCCCCCUAUACAGUGGUACCUUGGUUCUCAAACUUAAUCCGUUCCGGAAGUCCGUUCCAAAACCAAAGCGUUCCAAAACCAAGGCUCGCCUUCCCAUAGAAAGUACAGUGGUACCUCGCGUUACAUACGCUUCAGGUUACAGAUUCCACUAACCCAGAAAUAUUACCUUGGGUUAAGAACUUUGCUUCAGGAUGAGAACAGAAAUCGUGUGGCGGCGGCAGCAGCAGCAGCAGGAGGCCCCAUUAGCUAAAGUGGUGCUUCAGGUUAAGAACAGUUUCAGGUUAAGAACGGACCUCCGGAACGAAUUAAGUACUUAACCCGAGGUACCACUGUAAUGCAAACCGGAUCGAUCCGUUCCAGACUUUUAAAAACAACCCCUCAAACAGCGAUUUAAACAUGAAUUUUACUAUCUAACGAGACCAUUGGUCCAUAAAGUGAACACAAUAAACAAUGUACUGCAGUCACACAAUCAAUCAAUCAAUCAAUCAGUAGCUGAACUGGGUUCCACAUAGUAACGAAAACGAAAAGAGCCGCAAAAACAAAAAUGCAAAAUAAAUAGCAAAACAGACAGACUUCAAUGUAACACUCAAAACGGAGCACGUUCAGCUUCCGAGAAAAGUUUGCAAACCGGAACACUUACUUCCGGGUUUGCAGUGUUAGGGUUCCAGGUUGUUUGAGUUUUUGAGAACCAAGGUACCACUGUAGUUCUUGUCAUCCCUGACCCAUUAGCCAGGCUGGAUGGGGCUGAUGUGCAUGGCUGCUGGGAUGCCGCGCCCCCCCCCCCCCCGGCCCAGGCAGGAGGUGCGAGGUUUCGCCUGCUGUUUGCAGAAACUGGGAAAGGCUUUUCCACUGCCACCGACCCAUUUAUCUCUGCAUAAUAACAUGAGACAGGCCCCUGCUUUCAGGCAGGAUAGAGCCCCCUGCUGCACACCUCCCUUUCCACACAAUCCCCCCCCCCCGAAUUUUAACUGUUCCCUUCGCCCCCUCGUUUCCUGGUCCUAGGAUGGAUGCACCCCACCCUUCAGGGCCUCUGGGCCCGCUGCGCCAACCGCCAGCGCGUGGACUACGCCAGGAAGCAAGCAGCAGAGGAAACGCGGAGGAGGAGGGAGGAGGAGGAAGAAGUACAGAAGGCUGAGGUUCCCAGUGAGCUGGAGGUAAGGGGCUUGGGCUGCUGGAAACCCACAGGGCGUUUGAUGGCAGUUGCAAAGCAUUAAGACUCCCGACCAGAGAUGAAUGGCAGAUCAAGUUGAUGGAUCAUGGCAAAAAUGGCCAGAAGAAUCCGGAAUCCGGAAGACCAACGUUUUAAUACGGAAUGGGGACAAUUUAUAAUUUAUCUUAGAAACCGUUGUAGACAGUUAAAAUCAGGAGUCAGCAACCUUUUUCAGCAGGGGGCCAGUCCCCUGUUUCUCAGACCUUGUGGGGGGCCAGAUUAUAUUGGGGGGGGGGAAUGAACGAAUUCCUAUGCCCCACAAAUAACCCAGAGAUGCAUUUUAAAUAAAAGCACACAUUCUACUUAUGUAAAAACACGCUGAUUCCCAGACCAUCCGCAGGCCGGAUUUAGAAGGCAAUUGGGCCGGAUCUGGCCCCCGGGCCUUAGUUUGCCUACCCAUGGUUAAAAUCGUUAGUAGGAUUGGAGUAACUCUUGUCGUUUAAUGGUGAAUUUUGGAUAUAACGGAGAUGUAAAAGAUUUGGAUUAUUAGAAAAAGACGCAGGAGGAAAUGACUCACAAUAGGACCCACAAAGGGGAGGAGAGAAGUCCAGGAGAUUCUUUGGAAUCUUGUUUUUACGAUGUAUGCUGCUUAUGAGGUUGUAAAAUUUAAAUUUGAAAAAGCGAAUAAAUAAAUAAAAAUUUAAAAAAGACUCAGCGGUUCCCAAAUUUCUGUGGUCUGCCGCCCCCAUUUUUCCAUAAGCUCAUCCCCAGUUGUGCCCUAUAAAAAGCUUUAUUCAGAAUAGCAUUAAUAAGAAUUCUAAGGUGUCGUAAAUAAAAGGACUGUUCCUAAGUAUACGAGAUAGACACGCAUGCAUAAUAAGAACAUGGACCACAUGUUUUAAAUAGUAAAGGUAAAGGGACCCCUGACCAUUAGAUCCAGUCGUGGCAGACUCUGGGGUUGCUCAUCUCACUUUAUUGGCCGAGGGAGCCGGCAUACAGCUUCCAGGUCAUGUGGCCAGCAGGACUAAGGCGAACCAGAGCAGCGCAUGGAAACACUGUUUACCUUCCCGCCGGAGCGGUACCUAUUUAUCUACUUGCACUUUGACGUGCGUUCGAACUGCUAGGUGGGCAGGAGCAGGGACCGAGCAACAGGAGCUCACCCCCUCGCGGGGAUUCGAACCGCCGACCUUCUGAUUGGCAAGUCCUAGGCUCUGUGGUUUAACCCACAGCGCCACCCGCGUCCCUGUUUUAAAUAGUGCAGGAGACCAAACCUUGACUCUUAAUGACUCCAAAUAUUUGUCUGCAGAAGGAAAUAUAUUGGGGAAACCUCUGUCUCCCAGGAGCUCAGCCCCAAUUUCCCCUCUUUUGCAGGAGCUUCGAGCAGCCGAAGAGCCAACCAUCCCUCCUGUCGGCUCGUCAGGUGAGCAGGCGAGCAAAGACAGGUGCUUCCGCUCCCCUCCAGCUUUGAGGGCGGAGGCAAAACGGCGAGAAAAAUAACCACGGGAUUGUAGAGUUGGAAGGGGCACGAGGGUCAUCUAGCCCAACCCCCUGCGACGCAGGGCUCCGACGGUGUCGAACUGGACAGGACAGCCAGAUGCCCCAGUGAAGGGUGCAAAUUCCUUUCUCCCCAGUCAUCAGACGGAUCACUUGUACAGAGGCGGAGUGGAUCGGCCGCCGGAUCCCAUCAGCGUUUCUAAGCUCCUGGGCAGAGCGGUCUGAAGAAACCUGCUUUUAGCAGGUGCCCAAAAGGCUGCAACAGGGAUGUCAGUAGGCAGGGAGUUCCAAAGGUACCCCCACACUCAAAGGCUGGCUCCUUGCAAACGCGAAACAGGUAUUACGUGGCUGCCGGUUAUCUCUUUCCAUUUCCUCUUGCAGAGAUUUCCCUCGAGACGACCGAAGAAGAAUCUCGGCCGAGUUUUGUGGUAGCAGAGGAGAGGUGAGAGGCCUAGUUGUCCAAUAAAAAAAAAGUUUUUGAUUGAGUUUCCACUGGAAUGAGGCUGCAUUCUAAUGUUUUAAUGUUGUGGGUUUUUUUUACAAUAAUAUUUAUUAUUUUCCAUACAUAAACAUAACAAAAAAGAAAAGGUUGACAAUAAUAAAGGAAAAAGAAUGAAACAGAAAAAAGAGAAAAAGAAAAAAGAAUAUAAAACAUACAAUACAACAAAUCAUCACUUGACUAACACUUAAUUAAUUAAGAUCCAUCUUCAUAAGCAUAUUAUUUGGCUUCCUCAAAUCUCUUCCAUCUGAAUUUCUUAGUAAUUAUAUAUAGCAGCUUCCAAUAUCAUUAUUUCAUAAACCAUUUAAUGUUGUAUUUUAAUCUUGUUUUUAAGCUGUAUUUCAAUCAAUUGUUUUAUAUUUGGUGUUAGCUGCCCUGAGCCCGGUCUUGGCUGGGGAGGGUGGGGUAUAAAUAAAAAUUAUUAUUAUUAUUAUUCGCUUUCCUUCCCUGGGCAAAUCUCUGCCUCCGUGGGGAAGGGGCGACCCUCUUCUCUUCCACUGCCCCCUUUCCUCUUCCCACAGGGUCCUCCUGGAACCAGAGGAAGCGGUGCUGCCCAUUGUUCCUGAGCUCCCGGAAAUAAGUUUUGAGCUGCCCUUGGACAAGAACAUGAUCACAGUGGACUACGUGCGAAGGUGAGGCCUCAAAGGCUGUUUCCUUCCUCUUUCCCAAGCAAAAAAAAAGGUAACGGGACCCCUGACCAUUAAGUCCAGUCGCGGACGACUCUGGGUUGCGGUGCUCAUCUCGCUUUAUUAUUCCAGGUCAUGUGGCCAGCAUGACUAAGCCACUUCUGGCGAACCAGAGCAGCGCACGGAAACACCAUUUACCUUCCUGCUGGAGUGGUACCUAUUUAUCUACUUGCACUUUGACGUGCUUUCGAACUGCUAGGUUGGCAGGAGCAGGGACCGAGCAACAGGAGCUCACCCCGUGGCGGGGAUUUGAACCGCCAAUAGGUUGCUGUUAUUUUCUCUUUGACACUGGAGGAUUAGGGUUGACAGGUGAAAAGGCGGGAAUGCCUGUGUGUGAUAUGUCUGUGAGUAAAUGGUUUGGCAAUGUACAGCUCCCAUUUCCCUGGUAGCAGAAGUCAUGCUUCCUCUUUCCUAUUCUUGCAGGUUGAUCGCUGCCAAACUAGAACAGGCCGGAGUCACAGAAUUUGACCAGCUCUUGCCCCGGGCGGCUUCACGGGGUGUUGCCAGCCGGUUUUUCUUCACAUGUUUGGGUAGGUAAUGGGAAUUCAAUGUGUGUUUGUACAAGAGAUGUGGCUGUCCUUUUUAAAUAAAACUUUUUCUGGAGCGGGGAGGGCCAAGCGAAACACCAAAAAGGGAGUUUGUGGGGUGGGGGGAGGUCAGUUUCUCAAAUGAAGAGUGUCUGGAUAUUUUGCUGUGUAUUUCGGGUUUCCCUGCACCAUAACAUUUAAAGCCAGAAUCAUACCACUUUAAAGCGUCACGGCUUAUCCCAGAGAAUUCUGGGAACUGCAGUUUGUUAAGGGCGCAGAGAUUUACCGUAUUUUUCGCUCUAUAAGACGCACCAGACCACAAGACGCACCUAGUUUCUGGAGGAGGAAAACAAGAAAAAAAAUAUUCUGAAUCCCAGAAGCCAGAACAGCAAGAGGGAUCGCUGCGCAGUGAAAGCAGCAAUCCCUCUUGCUGUUCUGGCUUCUGAGAUAGCUGCGCAGCCUGCAUUCGCUCCAUAAGAUGCACACACAUUUCCCCUUACUUUUUAGGAGGGAAAAAGUGAGUCUUAUAGAGCAAAAAAUACGGUAUUAAAAGACUCCUAUUCCCCUCAGAGAGCUGCACUUCCCAAAGUUCCCUGGGGAAAAUAAAGGAUUGACUGUUAAAACCACUACGGGUGGCAAACAGGUCGCCUAACAACUCUCAGCCAACGCUGGACUUGCAAGUUUCUGCAAGAGGGUCGAGAGCAGUUGCUUCCUUUGACAGAAGCGCUUUCUCUACUCCCAGCCCCCAACCUUAUAUAUUUUCAAACUGGUGUGACGGUCCUGCCCUUGCAGGCAUUUGGGUCUUAACUGGGGUGGCGGGUAGAGUCAGUCAUAUCGAGCCUUUGUUGGGUGUUCAUCUUUUAGCUGAGCGAGGUAGGAUUCGCCCCCUUCUUAUUUUAUUACUUCCAAGUAAAUACAGUGGUACCUCUGGUUGCGAAUGGGAUCCGUUCCGGAGGCCCGUUCGCAACCUGAAAAGAACACAACCCGCAUCUGCGCGGGUCGCAAUUCGCCACUUCUGCGCAUGCGUGUGACAUCUUUUUGUGCGUCUGCGCAUGCACGAGCAGCGAAACCCGGAAGUAACCCUUUCGGGUACUUCCGGGUCGCCGUGGGACGCAACCUGAAAAUGCGCAACCCGAAGCAAAUGUAACAUGAGGUAUGACUGUAAUGUUCUUUUUGUAUCUUCAAUUGCCUUGGGAAAUCUUGCGCUUAAGCGAUGGAACAGAGGCGUAAAUAAAUUUAUUCAGCAAUAAAUAUGAACGAACGGCUGGAGGCAGCGGUGCUUGUGCGUACGUUUCUGGAAAACGCAGGAGGGGAAGGGAGUAUGCGUUUUUGUGCGCAGAUCUUGCUUGUGCCCAGAUCCUGCCACUGUUACGCCGGACUCAAUGGGCCAUUGGACCUGAUCCAGCAAGGCUCCUUUUACGUUCGUACGCAAUAAAGAAUAAUGAGUUACCGCUCGACACCCACUUCUUUUCUUUUCCUCCGCUCCUCCCCAGUGCUGGCUGCAGUCCAGUUCGUACACCUGGAGCAAGCAGAACCGUACGGACAGAUUGUCAUUACACCUGGAGCCCGUUUCCACCAAGGCUAGCGAGACUCUUGUUCCUGCUACGGAUCUGGCCCUGUGGAGGGUGCUGUUGGUGUCCCAACCUCUAGAAGCUGGAGAACGGCUUCCUUUGUCAAACAGUUGUACAGUUUUUUUAACGCCCCGGUUGCCAAAACCCUUGUUUUCCAAUUGAAUAAAUCCAUUGUGUUUUGGUUGGGUUUUCUUAACAAACAGCA